GGGCAGGUGGGCCCUUGGGCGUGUCCUGGCAGGCUGGCUCUUGCAGUGAGCCUGACUCUCCGCCUGGGAUAAUGGCAUUCCUCAGCCACAUCUUGGUUCUCUGUGUGGGCCUUGUCACCGUGGCCAAGGCAGAAGCUCCACAGGAACAUGACCCGUUCACUUAUGACUACAAGUCCCUGCGCAUCGGAGGCCUCACGAUUGCGGGAGUCCUCUUCAUCCUGGGCAUCCUCAUCGUGCUGAGCAGAAGGUGCCGCUGCAAAUUCAACCAGCAGCAGAGGACUGGGGAACCUGAUGAAGAGGAGGGAACUUUCCGCAGCUCCAUCCGCCGUCUGUCCUCCCGCAGGCGGUAGAGACACCUGGCCGCCGGCGCCCAGCCAGGAUCCGCCUGGCAGCUGACGCCUCCCGCCCCCCGCCGCGCGCCCCCCGCCGCCUGGACUGCUGGCUGCCGCCCCAGUCCUGCCCCCAGACCCCUCUCCGCCGCCCAGACUUCCAAUAAAACGUGC